AUGAAGAGAUUUCUAAUGAUAUGUUGCAUCAUAUUGAUACAAAUUCCAUACUUUAUAAAUGCACAAUCUUAUAACUUAUACGAAGAUAAGCGUUGUAAGUGUAUAUGUCCAUCGAUUAAUGCUGUUUUGAAUAACACCGAUAGUACAGAAAGAAUAUUAGUCAUUGCAAAUGUAGGACAGGCAAGAUGUGAUUGUGAUUCAGUAAUUCUCCCGAAGUAUGCUGAUAAAAUUAAAGGUAAAGAGCAAGAGUUUUGUCCGAGAUGCGAGUGUAAGCACGAAAAUAGGAACACGACUGUUAUCAAAGUAGUUGUCAUCAUUGUGAUAUGGAUAAUCUCUUUGCUUUCAAUUUAUAUGCUGUUCCUCAAUCUUCUCGAGCCUUUAUUGAAUAAACGAUCAAAACAGAACUAUCAGGAACAUCUUGAUGAAGACGAUGCAUCAUCAAUGCAUCAAGACCCAAAUGCUCAUAAUUUGCCAAUGGUAAAUGUUAAUGCUUCUAGAAGUAAUGUUUUAAAUCGAGUCACAAACCAACAAGACAAAUGGAAGCGUCAGGUUCAAGAACAAAGACAAAGGAUUUAUGAUCGACAUUCCAUGUUAAAUUAA